AUGGCGCACUCGCUCCGCCCGGUCGCUUCCCCCGCCGACGCCGACGACAACCGCCAGUUCACCGCUGCAGACGCGCAGAGAGUGUACGCACUCGCCAGGGAGGACUCGAGACUCGGUACAAAGGUCCGCGAGGCACUGGAUAUCGUCGAACGCGCGCUGGACGAGUACGGACUCGAACAAAUAGCCCUGAGCUUCAACGGCGGCAAAGACUGCACCGUCCUCGUCCACCUCCUUGCCGCCGCCAUCCUUCGCCGUCAUAACCCCGCCCUCAUCGACUCCCCCUCCUCCGCCUCCUCUCCCUCGACAUCCUCCUCGUCGCUACCUCCCAUUCCAACCAUCUACGUCCGCUGCCCCUCCCCCUUCCCUCAAGUCGAAGCCUUCGUCUCCCUCUGCGCGCGGUGGUACGCGCUCGAACUCGAAGCCGUCGAAGGUGGGAUGCGGGAAGCUCUCCAAGUCUACGUCGAUCGGCGGAAAUCUUCACUCGCGCUCUCGAACGGCUCGGGAGGACGAAGAGGGGAAAUCAAAGCGGUCCUUGUUGGGACGCGCCGGAACGACCCGCAUGGGGAACACCUCCGACCGUUCAGUCCGACGGACGCGGGAUGGCCGGAUUUCAUGCGCGUCCACCCGAUUCUGGAUUGGAGCUAUGGAGACGUUUGGGCGUUCUUGAGGGCCGAGACGUUGACCCUCGGUGACGGCGGCGAGGGAAAGCGGAGAGGACUCGAGUGGUGCGAGUUGUACGACUACGGCUACACCUCCCUCGGCUCAACACACAACACCUUCCCCAACCCGCUCCUCCGCGCCACCACAUCCGGUCCGAUCUCCCGACCCUCCUCUCCCACAGGCUCGACGGCGAAGACGGCGGGUCAGCCUCUAGGUGGUUGGAGACCGGCUUGGGAGUUAGUGGAUGAGAGUGCGGAGAGGGCAGGUCGGGAAACCUCCCUCUCGAAAGUCCUCGACCAGACACGCCCUUCUCCUUCCGCCGCAACGGCGAACGGCAUGAACGGGUCGGAGAAGCGGUAG